UCUUCAUCUCAAGAAAUCUUCUCAAGAUGAAGUUAUUAGGAUGGAUGCAUCGCAAGUUUAGGCAAAACAAUGGACAAGUACCACUCAAAGAGUUUGUCAAUGGGCAACAAACAAGUGAUGAACAACAAUAUUUCCCAAGAACAAGCACCAAUAACCCUUUCAAACAAGCCCAUAGAGACCUAGAUAUUGCAAGAACAGAUGAAGACUACGAAGAUGAAUCCCUAAUCUCCAUAUCUGAAAUCUUCCCUGGCUUUCUUGCCAUUGGAACCUUCGGCUCUUCUGAACCAGCAACCCCAAAAUUCUCCAUCUCCAUUGAUCACAUUACUGAAAGUGAUCAAACUGAAGUCACAAAGAAUGAGCUCAAGCUGAUCAAUGAUGAGCUCGAGAAGGUGCUGAGGUCGAGGCAAAAGACGAAGGGGGGUCGAGGCAGGACAGCAGCCAUGCGAACAAAGUCGAGAGCAAUUAUAAUAAUGUUGAGAGUGGUGAUCAUGAUGCUGUGGUUUGCCCACUUCAAGAGUACUUGUUUGGGUCGGCGGUUGAGAUGUCAACAACGAUGGCGAAGAAGGAGAAUCGGACAUCACUUGGGGAGCUGUUUCAGAGAAGUAAGGUGGUAGAGGAAGGUGGAGGGGGAAGAUGUGAUCAGAAGGAUGAGCAAAAGAAAGUAGAGAAGGAAGGGGAUAAGUAUGGGAUGCAAUUGUUAAAAAAGAAGUUGAAGAAAAAGAUGUUUUGUGCUGCUUCUAAAAGCACUUUAAGUUCAAAUAAUGCUUCUGGUGAAGUCUUGGAUGUCUCAACUGCAACAAAACUUCACAAGGUAAUGCAUCAGACUCUUUUUCUUUUGGUGUCAUUUCUCAGGACAAAGAUAGGUCAUUUCGAGAUAUUGUUUGGUUUUUGUAACAUUCUCGUGUUUCUGGUUUUUUGUUUCCUAAUUUUAAAGAAACAAAACCUUUGGGUAAGUACUCUCAUUUUUCAAAAAUAUAUUUUCCACAUGGAAGUAAACAACAACGUAAAGUUUUCUUUUUUUUCAAUAUAUAUAUAAAAAUAAAACAUACAUUUUCAAAGAUAGCAAAAUCAACAAAGCUAUAUUUACAAAAAGAUAUGAACAUUUUAGAUUUUAUUGAUAAUAGACACCGAUGGACAUUGAUAGUUGAUAAAAGUCUAUCAAUAUCAAUUUAAUACAAUCUAAAAUUUUCUAUAUUUUAUAAUUUUUUAACAUUUUUUCAUUUAUAAUAAAACAACUAUUUAAUUACCGAUGAAAAUUUAUGAAAGUAAAUAUAACUUAAAAUUUUGGGAAACUAUUUUAGAUGAGAAAACUUAUGAAAUAUUUAAAAAUAUAACAAAAUACCACAAUUUAUCUGUUAUAAACUAUUAUAUGUGUCUAUCAUGCUACAGAUAGUUAAAUGGUAGUCUAUCACCAUCUAUUGUAGAUAGACUGUGAAAUUUUUCUUAAAAUAUUUAAUUUGGUUCAUUUUCAUUCCUAAAAUUGUAUAAAUAUCAUUUUAGAAGCAACUUUUCAAUUUUAUUUUUUAAAAUUACCAAUUUUUUAAUAAAAUUAUGAAAAAAUAAAUGGUUAUGAACACGUCUUUUUUUCCAUUUAAAAAAACCACGAAACAUAGAACGAGAAAUGAAAAACAAGAAUGUUAUCAAAAGAGCCCUUUCUAUCUUAUUCAUAACAUUUCUGGACCAAAGAAAAAAAAGAACAACAAGAAGAAAAGUCUAUUUCUUUAAUAUAAUGUAGCUAACUCUCGUAGUUCAUUAGUAGUUAAUAUAUUUACUAAUCAAAGUAGAGGUUGAAAUCACACACAAAUUAUUAUAGUAAUCACUAUAGUUCGAGAGACAUAAAUUUGUGAAGAAAAAGGGAGAAAAGAUGAAAAACGAAGCCCCCGUUUCGUUUCGAUAAUCGUCUUUGAUGAUAUCGACCUAAAACACUUUGCAAUGGGCUUUGUAGAUUCUUCAUUUGUUCAACAGGAAAGUUUAUCCAGCUGAAAGCAUCGCAAUGGCCAAAGAUCAAAAAGGGGAUCAUCAUAAGGCACAAAAGAACUAUGACAAAAAGAAAAAAACAACCACCAGUACUGAUAUUGGAAGAUCAUCAGUUAAUAAGAACAAUAAUGAAGAAACAACCUCCACAGAUGAAGACAUCAUGAUCUUCCCAAAACAGCUCAUCUUAAAGCAAACCUUACAAAGCAUCCAAACACGAUCUGGUCCUCCACGAUUCUCCGACAUUAUCGAUGACGAUGUCGAUUUCAAUUAUUGGAACAAGGAGCAAUGGAUCAAAUCAGACUCUGACUGUAAGUGAAAUGCCGUAAUUUUAGUCUCUAUUUGGCGUUUGAGUUUCAUGUACGUACGUACUGUCUACGUUUUUUAUUUAUCUAUGUUUUUGCUUUAUUGUCUCUCUAUCUUUAAUUUGAUUAAAGUUUAUUAGACAUAUCUUUUUAUUCGAGAAAGAAAUUAAUAAAGUUUAUCUUCAGUAA